GCGGGUGCUGCGUCCGGCUGCCUGGAAGGAGGUGUGGGCAUGGCGGAGUUGGCCGUGACCGAUCCCCGGACUGGAGCCGCCGCCUAGGGCGCCAUGGGGCCGUGUGGAUGGCCCUGCUCCGGCGGGCCGCGCUUGCACUCCCGCUGCUGCUCCUGGUCGCCACCGCUGUCGCGUCCCAGGAGAAGGCCCAGAGCACCGACUGGCGGGCCACCCUGAAGACCAUCAGGAACGGCGUCCACAAGAUCGACACGUACCUAAACGCCGCACUGGACCUGCUGGGAGGCCAGGCUGGGCUGUGCCAAUACAAGUGCCGGGACGGCUCUAAGCCCAUCCCACGUUAUGGUUAUAAACCCUCCCCACCAAAUGGAUGUGGCUCUCCAUUGUUUGGUGUCCAUAUCAACAUUGGCAUCCCUUCCCUGACCCAGUGCUGCAACCAACAUGACAGGUGCUAUGAGACGUGUGGCAAAAGCAAGAACGACUGUGAUGAGGAAUUCCAGUACUGCCUCUCCAAAAUCUGCCGGGGUGUGCAGAAAACGCUGGGACUAGCUCAGCACGUGCAACCGUGUGAAACAGCAGUGGAGCUCCUGUUUGACAGCGUCAUCCACCUGGGCUGUAAGCCCUACCUGGACAGCCAGCGGGCCACAUGCAUGUGUCGCUACGAAGAGAAAUCUGACCUUUAAAGAGAAUGCAGACAGCUGGGGACAGAUGAGGAUGGAAGAAAUAUCUUUGGGCACAGAAGCAGGCUUUUUGUGGCAAAAAUAUGUGUGUUUUGUAUGCGAACGGAUGAAGACUUCGCAAGACUUAUAUUUUGAUGUUAGGACAUCAUGCCUGUCGUGAUGGUCAGGUGGCUAAAUCCUAGCCUUGCAUCCACCAGGAUCCCAUAAACGCACCAAUUUGUGUCCUGGUUACUCCACAUCUCAUCCAGCCCCCAGCUUGUAUCCAGGAGGGCAACACAGGACAGCCCAAGGCCUUGGGACCUUGCACUUGAUGGGAAAUCUGGAAGAAGCUCCUGGCUCCUGGCUCCUGGCCUCAGAGGAGUUUAGCUCCAACUGUUGCGACCACCUGGGGAGUGAACCUGUGAACAGGUCUUUCUGUAUCUGCUCCACUCUGUAAAUCUGAUUUUCCAAUAAAUCAAUAAAUCUAAAAAAAAA